AUGAGAUAUUUUCAUGACUUGGUGAUUGAAACAUUGAAUAAUGAUGAUUUGAUGAUCGGUGGAGAUGGAAUUGUCGUGGAGAUAGAUGAAUCAAAAUUUUGUAAAGGAAAAGAUACUGAUGGAAUUUGGGUGGUUGGUGGUGUUGAGCGAACAGAGAAACGAAAAUGUUUCUUUGUGGUGGUUGAUCGGAGGGAUGCAGAAACGAUUAGAAGUAUUGUGUCAAAACACAUUAAACCAGGUUCCAUAGUUGCAACUGAUUGUUGGCGAGGUUAUCAAAAUCUUGAAGAUUUUGAUAUAAUACAUGAGAAGAUAAAUCGAUCGAUAUCAUUUGUAAAUAUGAAUGGGACACAUACAAAUACGAUUGAGGGAACUUGGCAGGGAUUGAAGAUACGGAUUCAACCUCGACAUAGAGGUACUGAAUCAAUUGAGAAAUAUUUGUUAGAAUUUAUUUGGCGACGAAAGCAUGAGAAUGAUUUAUGGCAAGGGUUACUUGACGCCUUGCGUACGAUUAAAUACAAGUGA